AUGGCGGCAGAGGUCGCAAAUGGCGCGCCUGGGUUGGAGACCUUGAUUCAGCAGAAUGCGAAGAAGACAAGGCAAAUCUAUGCCGAUACCACAGGCGGAGCAGCUGGGCGCAAGCGGAUACGACUUGAUCCUGCAACUUCAGGCGACCCUGAUUUAGAUAAAGAUGCCAUCUCCUUGCGCCUGCACGCCGAGUACAAGGACGUUCAGACUCUCCCAGAGGCUUUGGCCGCGAAGCAAGCAGCUGCGGCGGGGGCACGAAAGAAGACGAAGAAGCCUGCUGGGGAGCCUGCGCCGACGCCGGAAGAAGCACAGACAAGGAAGCUUAUCGAGGGGAUCCCUCAAACCCGACCAAAUGGCCAAGGGGGAGGUCCACAAUCUAAUGCGCUUGUAAUACGGAAACCAGGAACGCCUGGUGGACAGAGUCAGGCUCGAGGUGCAGGGCCAGCACAAUCUACUAGUUUGGUGCGAAGGCAGGAUUUGGCAACAUCUCAGCCAAAGCCUGAUUGGCAUGCGCCGUGGAAGCUGAUGAGAGUCAUAUCUGGCCACCUGGGAUGGGUCAGAGCUCUCGCAGUUGAGCCCAACAACAAAUGGUUUGCAAGCGGUGCUGGAGACCGGACCAUCAAGAUCUGGGAUUUGGCGACUGGCAAUUUGAGGUUAACCAUGACUGGUCAUAUCUCAACUGUCCGGGGACUGGCGGUUUCGCCUCGGCAUCCUUAUUUGUUCUCUUGUGGCGAGGAUAAGAUGGUCAAGUGCUGGGAUCUCGAGACAAAUAAAGUUAUCCGGCAUUACCACGGUCAUCUAAGCGGAGUCUACACGCUCGCCCUUCACCCAACGCUAGACGUGCUGGUCACAGGUGGACGAGACGGUGUUGCUCGAGUGUGGGAUAUGCGGACAAGGAGCAACAUCCACGUCCUUUCAGGCCAUACCGGCACCGUAGCGGACGUCAAGUGUCAAGAGGCAGACCCCCAGGUCAUCACUGGUUCCCUGGACUCUACUGUUCGCCUAUGGGAUCUUGCGGCUGGCAAGACUAUGGCAACCUUGACACAUCACAAGAAGGGAGUCCGAGCGCUGGCCACACACCCCACUGAAUUCACCUUUGCGACUGGCAGCACUGGCAGCAUCAAGCAAUGGAAGUGCCCGGAAGGCGCUUUCAUGCAGAACUUUGAGGGCCAUAAUGCCAUCAUCAACACGCUGGCUGUCAAUGAGGAGAAUGUGUUCUUCUCGGGCGGUGACAACGGUUCCAUGAGCUUCUGGGACUGGAAGUCUGGCUACCGAUUCCAGGCCCUGGAUACCACGGCUCAACCCGGGUCUUUGGAUGCGGAGAGCGGUAUCAUGAGCUCAACGUUCGACCACUCCGGUUUGCGAUUAAUCUGCGGCGAAGCAGACAAGACCAUCAAAAUCUGGAAGCAGGACGAGGACGCUACACCGGAGACCCAUCCGAUAGACUGGAAGCCAACACUGGCCAGGAGGAGAUUUUAA